AUAAACUAGUGUUCGAGGGCGAAUAUUGAUUAAGGGUUCGUGAGUUGCGCGUGUGUGCGGUCACCCCUCUUGAAAGAGGCGAUGCGCGCGCCUGUGUGCGUGUCUGCUCGCCUAGUGCCCAUGUGCCGGCCGUGCGCCCGGUGCCUUGUGCUCCUGUACCCACAGAAACAAUUGUAAAUGUAAUACGUAACCAACUAGCUAAUAAUUAACAUCGUUAACGAGGACAUUGUUACAAUGUUCAAUCUCAAUGAAAUGUAAAUCGUUACGUGAACGUUCCUAGGGUGGCUAGUACGGCGCACUGAAAAUCAAUAAUUCGUGAAGAUCGAAUGUUUCGUACGUCUUCUGACAGCGUUCGUACGUGCAGAACCACGGCCAUGUGCAGUGUACGAUCUUAUUUUAUAUUUCAGUGAUAUCGACGCGACGAUAACGACGUCGACUUUCCGAUGUUCAAUCACAAGUUACCGACUGACUUUCCAAUGCAAACCCUCCGUAAGAAAACCAGCCCUUGUAAAUAGGGUGUGUUGUGAGGCCCGGGGCGGCGGUGCCGUGCGGUGGGCGCCACUUUGUAAAUAGGAUUGUACAUCGAAUAAUGCAGGUGUGUCAUUUCCAGCAUCUCUUGCGGCAGUUCGACAAGAACGAGCCCGGCCGGUUCCUGGGCGAGGGCGUGUCGUUCCGCGCGAAGCUGAUCGGCGUGUUGGAGGUGCCAGAGGCGCGCGGAGACAGGAUGUGCCAAGAGGCGCUGGCCGACCUCAAGAUGGCCAUCCGCGCUGCCGGAGAACACAAACAGAGGAUACAGGUCCAUGUCGCCAUUGACGGACUGAGAUUGCGCGAUGAUAAAACUGGGGAUUCCUUGUAUCAUCAUCCGGUACACAAAAUAUCAUUCAUAGCUCAAGACAUGACGGACUCCCGAGCAUUUGGUUACAUUUUUGGGUCCCCUGACACAGGACAUCGGUUCUUCGGUAUCAAGACUGAUAAAGCAGCUAGUCAAGUAGUUAUAGCUAUGAGGGAUCUAUUCCAAGUUGUGUUUGAACUUAAGAAAAAAGAAGUGGAAAUGGCGAAACAACAGCUCGAAGGAAAAUCUGUCACAAAUAGUCUUCUUAGACAUACAAGUACAGCUACAGAGGCUAAAGUUAAGAGUGUAUCAUCAGCGGGGGAGACGAGUGGUGCGACCAAAGGGAGUGAGAGCGGGGCGGAGGGUGGUGUAGCGGAGCUGGUCGACCUUGAACAAGAGCUAUGCUCGCUGCGGCGAGGUUUGACACAGGUCGAGGGCCUCACCCCCUCCACUGACCCCUUCGGCGACUCCUUCUUGGCACCUUCGCCGAAGGGUCUGCUGCCGCCUCCGCCGGGUGCGAGCAGCCGCGGCCGCAGCACGCCCGCCAGAGCCGCCUUCAGCCCCAACAAGCCUUCCACUAUGUCCUUCGACCUGAGCGCCGUCGUCGGUGACUUCGAACCCAAGUCCGCCUCCCUCGUCGACAACCUGCCCGACCCACCAGUGACCCAGCCCGCAACGUCGGCCACCUCGAUCACUUACGACGUAUUCACCGAACUAGACCCACUCGGCACCGGCCGGAGUAAACCUUACGUUGACAAAAAACUCUUCUUUCAGGAGCUCAAAAAUCCGCCAAAGAAAGUGCUCAAAGACCUCGUACCGUCGCACUCGCUCCUAUCCGAUAUAGUGCCGGUGACGAGCGAGGCCAAGGCCGAGGGCUACGGCCCCCCCACCACGAUGACGUCACUGACGCGACAAUCGGGCGGCUCGGUCGCGAUCGCCAAGCCCGCACAGCCGCCCGCCUUUUCCGGGGCCUUUUUCACGUCCGACCCCUUCGCGGAGACCGAUCCCUUUGAUAGCACAGAUCCCUUUUCGGAUACUUUCAAAGAUGACCCCUUCACGAGCAUGCAGGAGUUCCCGAAUCCGAGCUUGCUGAUCAUCGACGAGACCAAGCAGAAGUUGAUUAGGGAGAUCGCCAUGGAGAGGGAGGCCGCCCAACCGGCGAAGAACGUGUUCAACGGUCCGCUGCAGGUGACGCUGCCACCCGAACCGACGCCCAAGUCGCCGCGGCUGCAGAGACAGGCAACGGAUACGAGCGCGGUACGUCAGCGGCCGCAGCCAAGCUCGAAGCUAACGGCGGAGAACCCCUCUCCGCCUCCACCGCUGCCGCCCAAGAAGAUGGUGGAGGUGUGCCUGAGCCGGCCGCCGCCGCGCCCGCCACACGAACACGACCUCGACGCAGAGGACUCCGAGACCGGCCCGCCCCUGCCCCGCCCCGCACGGAAAAGAGAACCUAUGGCGGACCGCAGCACGAAGCCGCGGCUGUCGUCAGCGGCGACCAACAGCAGCGAGGACGAGUACCUGACGCCGGCGCCGCCGCCGCUCCCCGCCGCGCGCCGCUUCGACAUCACGCUCAGCCAGCUCCUCACCUGCUCCAUGGACGACCUCGCCGCCAGACUUCGUGUACCAGCCGCCACGCUCUCCUCCAUGACUUUGCCACAACUCACAGAUUACCUUCGUUCAUAUUUAGCAGCGGAUAAUGAAAGAGCGCAUAUCCAUGUAGAUCCAUCAAUACGAGUGGAGAAAGAGAAAUCAGUGUCUUUAAUUCCAACCCCAUCAGCGCCGUCCGCAGAUAAACCUGUCUUAUCCCUAACUUCGAUAGCUGCAGAGUUUAAGCCUCAGUUCGAAGACGAUUUUGCACCUCCAGAAUCCACUGAGACAUUUGUCGCUAACUUUGACGACUUCGAAAAAAAAGCAAAUCCGUCAUACGACAGAUAUGCAGUGUUCAGAGAGAUACAAGCGCAGGAACUAAAGGCUAAAUCUAUUCUAGACCCCGUCGAUAAUGAAGCUAAUCAGAUGGAAAUUGAUGGAAAAGAUGAAAAAACAGGAAUUGAUGAUCUGUUGCAAACUGAUCAAGCAUUAGAGGAUAUAAAAAAAGAACCAGCUAAAAGCCCUCUUAAAACUCUCGAUGAAUUGACAUUGGAUUCGUUUAAUAUGUUUAGAAAUUCCGUCAGUCCUAAACCAUCGAUAGACGCUAAGAUAGAGGAUAUUAAGACAGUAAUGAAAAACUUACAGAUAAACGAAAACAUGAGACGUAGCGUGUCUCCCCGGGACAACGGCGUGGCCGAGCACAAACAUGAAGAUUCUAACGACAAAUACGCUGCAUUGCGUGAAAUAACUAUCAUAGAACAAACUCAAGAUGAAUUCGAAUCAUUGCCCCCCGAAGUACCCAAAGAAAGAAAGAAAUCGGAUGAGAAAUCUGACGGGUUUGACAAUUCUGAUUUCUUUGAUUGCAUCGAUAAUAGCUCUUUGUCGUUUACGCACGUGGAAGAUGCAUUCAGAAAGAGUCCUAUUGUGAAAGAGAGAGAGGAAGAGAAGAUAAUUGAGGAGAAAAAGGAAUCUCCAGUGGAGACUAUACCUGUCAGAGAUAUACAGCCGCCGCGUCUAUCUGCGGGUUCCAUUAGCGACGUCGCCAGCGGAUCUUCCCCAGAUACUAAGGAAAAGUGUGGGAGUGUUCGCGGCGUUGUUGUGGGCGCGGGCGUGGUGGGUGGGGGCGGGGCGCGCGCCGGCCGCUGGGCGGUGCUGGGCGCGGCCGCCUCCCCCUGGUCCUCCGACAGCCGCGACUCCGAGCCGCACGCACGCACGCGCCGUAGACACCAUCAUGAUACACGCACGCAUAUAGUGCAAACGUCAUCAUCAUCCCGCGACGUGUCCCCCUGGGAUGAGGAGCCACCUUCAGUGAGCCGUUUGCAGCGGCCAGGUUCCAAGCAUCGAGACAGAGAUUCAAGGCAAAAUUCUUCAGGUUCCCGAGAAUGUCUCGACUCCGGCAGCGGGCGGGAGAAGGAGAAAGUACGAGACAAAAGAGAUAGAGCAAGAGAUAGAGAAAUAAGUAGAGAUGGGAGAGAUUCAGCUAGAGACAGAAGAGACUCUGGCAGCGGGAGGGACAGACGGGAUGUGAGCAAGGAGCGGGAUCAUAGGGAACACAGGAGGGAUCGCAGGAGCAGGGAAAGGGACGACACGUGGGACAGAGACAGAACAUAUAGUAGAGAAAGAGACUACAGGGAUUCACGGAGUAGAGAGAGACCGACGAAAGAUUACAGGGAGAAAGAAAGAGAUAGACAUAGAAAGACGCGACACUCAUAUGACGAGGAUGAAGAUUACAGUGACGGGUGCGGCUCGGGGCGGUCGUCACCGCGGGCUCGCUGGACGGAGCAGCGCUGGCGGAGAGAUGAAAGGAACUACGGAUCGUUAGGAUGGAGGGAGACAAGAAGACGACAAGAAAUGAGACAGAGCGAAGACCCAAACGAUAGAAGAUAUGGAUCAACACUAGGCUGGCCGGGACGUCGGACGGCUACGGGUAGCGUGUCGCGCCGUGAAUCAGAUCGCGACUCGCGGGAAGCUGCCCGCGACUCCCGUGACCCAGGCCGCGAUCCACGCGACUCGGGCCGCGACUCGCGUGACACGGGCCGCGAUUCGCGCGACUCGGGGCGCGAGUCGGGCCGUGACUCGCGUGACUCCCGGCGUCGCGCUCGCCGUGAGGAGCGUGCUCGGCGGGACUACCGCUUCUCCAAUGACUUCUCUCCCCGCGAACGCGAGCACACGUCACCGUUUGACAACGACUUCCAGGACACGCCUACAGCCGUCGCAAAGAAAAGGACGCCGUAUUCAAACUUAGAGGCGGCGAGAUUCGCAUUCGAGCCGGAGGAGACGACAGCAUCGCCUGUGUCUGCCAGCAGCGCGCGGCGGGACGGCGACUCGCCCGCGACACGAUUUCGAUUCGACUCCGACUCGAUGUCGCCGAGAUCCAUGUUCGAGGAUGACUUCGCGACACUUUCGACGCCGAGAGGUCGGACCGCUUCUAUAGCCGAGGAGGACGAAGGUGACAUACCUCCUCUGCGUGCAAAACCUACACAAUCGCAUCGGGAUAUUAAAAAAUCGGAAUCGGUUAAUAUAUUCACACGGGAAUCCGAUCCGUUCGAAGGGGACGCAUUCUUCGCUUGCACGGGCUCAGACCGCGUCGCGCGCCGCGAGAACUGGCCCGGAGACUUCCAGGGCUUUGACAAUGCGUGAACUCUCUGAUAUCUCCGCUUCCUAACUUUGCUGCACCAUCAAAUGAUUGAACCAGUGAACAAAUGUAGACCGCACUUUAGUUCAUAUAUCACGGUGGGUAAACAGUGCAAUAGAUAAUUUCUUUGCUACUGACAAGAAAAGUUCAAUAAGCGUCAUGUAAUCCUUGCCAAUAUGCAUAUUAAAUUGAGAUUUGAACCAUGUUUGAUACCAAAUAAUUUCUUAAGAGUAAAUAAAACUUCUUGUACACGAAAACUGAUAAAUAUAUCAAGUUUUCGAGAAAUUGAAAAAGAAAACUUUGGAUAUUAUACUAUUCAUCCCUAUAAUUUAGUAUUCGCGGUCUUUCGUCACAAUAUGUCAGUUAUCUAGGUUAUAUAACUUUUGGAUCUCGUUAUGUAGUAUAAUAAUAUUU